AUGUCCUCUCAGCAAGUCGGCGCCGAUGCCCUCGCGCGUGCGGCUCAUCAUCUGCUUGCAGCAAAAUACUUUCAGAUUGCCUCCUUUGUAAUGUUAGUUUAUGAUCAUGCUCUGACCUUCGGGGACGAGGUCGAACGCAUCUGGAAGCAGCCGUUCACGGGCGCCAGCCUUUUGUUCUACCUGAACCGUUACGGAAAUCUACUCGAGUUCAUCGUCAUCAUUGACGCAUUCUUCGAUCCUAAUUGGCCUAAGGAUGUAUGCCGUCGGUUCGUGAAGUUUGAAGGUGCAGGUACAAUCAUAUUGGUGGCCAUCUGCCAGCUGGUGAUGAUUCUUCGGGUCUACGCCAUCUACGAGCGCGCAAUUUGGAUCCUGGCAUUCCUGCUAACGCUUCUGGCUGCCCAAGUUUCAAUCUCAGCUGUGGGCAUUAACUUAGGAUUCCCGGUGCCGUUGCCUGCUCCGCUCGUAGGUAAGCCUGAACCCCAUGAGCUUAAAUUAAAGUAUUCAGAAGCUCAGCGCAACCAGGUUGCAUCCUCACAGGAUCGACUUCUGUCUUCCCGGCGCUCUGGGUGGCACCACUCGCGACAGAUUCAUGAAGAAGUCGGUGAAUACGGCGAUCCAUUUUCGCGUCUCCAGUCUCUAAUUGACCCAGUCUGA